AUGGCGUCCAACACAUCGCUACCACUGGAGCUACCUCCCCUCCCGGCAUAUACCUUGACUCCUCGCCCUCCGCUGUUUGCUCCGAUCCCCGAUAACAUUGUGGCUCUGAUGCUGCCCAUCAUCGCCUACUGGGCCGUUUCCAUGAUUUUCCACAUCAUCGAUAUCUACGACCUCUUCCCACAGUACCGUCUCCACACGCCGGCAGAGCUCCUUAAACGCAACCAUGUGACUCGCUGGGACGUCGUCAGAGACGUCGUCCUGCAGCAGGUCAUUCAGACAAUCGCCGGCCUGAUCCUUGCACAGUUUGAUGAUAUUGAAUAUACCGGCAGGGAGGACUACGAUGUCGCCGUCUGGGCACGGCGCAUCAGGAUGAUGCAGAGAACGCUUCCUGGUCUGCUGGGGCUCCUUGGUCUCGACUCCGCUGGCCUGGCCAAGAAUCUAUCGGGGCAUCCCAUGCUUGCCGGAGCUUUGUCGGGCGGCAGAUAUCCUUCGCUCGUGCAAAAGGUUAUCAUGGAUAACGGUGCGGAGGUGAUUGCUCCUGCUUUCGCGGGUUGGGAAUUGGCAGUGGCCAGUUUCAUCUACUACUAUCUCAUCCCUGCGUUCCAGUUUGUCUGGGCUAUUUCCGUAGUGGAUACUUGGCAGUAUUUCUGGCACCGUGCAAUGCACCUGAAUCGAUGGCUCUAUGUGAUGUUUCAUUCCCGCCAUCAUCGCCUCUAUGUCCCGUAUGCGUUCGGAGCUCUGUACAACCAUCCGGUGGAAGGAUUCCUGCUUGACACGGCUGGGACGGGUGUUGCAUUCCUGACAUCGAUGAUGACCCACCGUCAGAGCAUGUGGUUCUUUACUCUUUCAACCAUCAAAACCGUGGACGACCACUGUGGCUAUGCAUUCCCGUGGGAUCCAUUGCAGCAUCUCACGUCGAACAAUGCGGCCUACCACGACAUCCACCACCAGAGCUGGGGCAUUAAGACGAAUUUCUCUCAGCCUUUCUUUAUCGUCUGGGACCGACUGAUGGGUACUCAGUGGAAGGGCGAUGUGAGCUUGCGCUACGAGAGAGCGAGAGUGGCGGCCCAGAAGCAGGUUGAUGCUGAGCGCUCCCAAACUGCGACAGAAGAGAGCAAGGGCGAGACCUCAUCCGUUACUACGCCGGCCAGUGCUAGAAGAAAUGGCAGCAUUACUGUUUCUGCGGAAGAGGCGGAUGAUCUGAAGGCACGGACCAUCCUUCGAAAGAAGACAGUUGCCCUCCAAGCUGAUGGGGGAAACUCCCCCAGCCAUCGACUGACAAGGGGCAUCAUCCAGAAUUAG